AUGCAAAAUUUCCAUUUUUCCAGAAAACCAGACAUUUGUAAAAACAAUGAUAUUUUAGAAAAUUUCCACUUCUAG